AUGGAGCGCAACGGCGUCAUCAAGCUCAUCCCACGCAGCGCCGUGCCACGGCAGCACACGCCUCUCAAGUCACGCUUCGUCUUCAAGGUGAAGCGUGAUGCGGAAGGCACGCCGACGCGCUUCAAGGCACGCUGGGUCGCCAAGGGCUUCAGCCAGCGACCGGGCAUCGACUUCGACCAGACCUACGCCCCAACACCAGCAGCCAAGACCAUCCUCACUGUACUCGCCGUCUCCCUGCAACGACAGCACCAGCUGCACCAGCUUGACUUCAAGUCGGCUUACCUGCAGGCUGAUCUCAAGGAGGAGCUGUACAUGGAGCUGCCGCCGCACUUCACCGACAUCGGCGACGGCGCUCAACGCUACGCGGGCAAGGUGUGCCGGCUGCUCAAGCCGCUCUACGGUCUCAAGCAAGCUGGCCGUGCAUGGGCCAAGAAGCUGCACACCUUCCUCAAGACCAACGGAUGGGCGCAGAGCAACGUCGACGCUUGCCUCUUCACCAAGCUCCACGACGACGGACAGCGCACAUGGAUCAUCACGUACGUCGACGACCUCAUCAUCAGCGGCAGCAGCGAGCGCCACAUCCGUGCCUGCAAGCAGCAGAUCAAGGAGAGCUUCGAGGCAGAGGACCUGGGCCCGCUCACCUGGUACCUGGGCCUUCACCUGACGUCACCAGCUGACGGGGUGUUGCACAUUGCGCAGACACAGGCCAUCAACGACAUCGUCAACGACUACAACCUGGCAGCGGCAGCCAGCGUGUCCACGCCCAUGCGUGUUGGCAUCGACGCCUCCAGCAUCAGCGAGCAGCCCGACCGACGCCUGCCUUUCCGCAACCUCGUGGGCUCGCUCCUGUACCUGGGCCAACCGCACGAGACCAGACUCACGCGGAGCACGGCAUCGCCCUUGCCGAUGACCGUGACGGUCUGGCUGUUGGCAACGGUGACGUGCUGCGUGACGGCGAUGUAG